AUGAGUUCCCACCAGCAGAAGCAGCCCUGCACCCUCCCAGCUCAGCUCCAGCAGCACCAGGUGAAGCAGCCUUGCCAGCCUCCACCCCAGGAGCCAUGUGUCCCCAAAACCAAGGAGCCCUGCCACACCAAGCCUGAGCCUUGCCAUCCUAAGGUGCCAGAGCCCUGCCAGUCUAAGAUGCCAGAGCCCUGCCAUCCUAAGGCUCCAGAGCCCUGCCAGUCUAAGAUGCCAGAGCCCUGCCACCCCAAAGUGCCUGAGCCCUGCCAGCCCAGCGUUCCAGAGCCCUGCCAGCCUAAGAUGCCUGUGCCCUGCCAUCCUAAGGCUCCAGAGCCCUGCCAACCUAAGAUGCCUGAGCCCUGCCAUCCUAAGGCUCCAGAGCCCUGCCAACCUAAGAUGCCUGAGCCCUGCCAUCCUAAGGCUCCAGAGCCCUGCCCCUCAACUAUCACCCCAGCACCAGCUCAGCAGAAGACAGCCCAGAAGUAA